CAAGUGAAUGCAACUCCGCCUGUGGAGAAAAGAAAAAAAGUUGUAUGAUCUAGACCAAACGCACAUCAUCCAGUCUUAUUUUAUUGAAAUCCUAGGCUAUAAGUAGAGUGAGUGACGUAACGCCUUAAUGUACACACGUCAACCCCAUGCCAUUUACUGCUUUCGUUUUCACUGGCGCCCGCGGACGUGUGCAACUUUUUCUUUACGUGAAAGUAACUCGGUUAAAACGGAAUUUUACGAUUGCAUGUUAGAUGCUGUUGGUUAUAUUUAAUUAAAUCAUUAGAUAAAGUACCUGGCUGAUUGGCAUUUCAUUUUAAUUCGAGGAUCAAGGUCUGCUAUCCAUCACGAUGAGCUUUGAGGCCCAGUUUGUGGAUUCGAACUAUGCACAACUUAUUCAGAGGGUUACCUCGGUGAUGCCAAUAGCAGAUGAACUAAAAAAUAAGGGUAUGCUACAUCCUGAAACAUAUUCAGAGAUCAAAGCAGAACAAACCAACCAGGGGAAAAUGAGAAGGCUGUUUGAAGCUCUAAAUUCUGGAGGAGACAGAGUGAAAAGUGACUUCUAUUAUGCUCUGAGAAAUCAUGAAAACUACCUCUUUAAAGACCUGGCCCCCUGCACCCAAGAAACUGAAGCCUCCUGCAACCAAGAUACGGAAAAAGAUGCGACCUGGAAAACAAGAAAGAUAAGAUGCAGUUACCUGAAGAAGAAAGAAUAUUAAAAAUGCAGUUAAAGAAACAGUUCACACAAAUGAAAACUGUCAUCAGUUAUGCCACUGAAAACUCAUAUAAUAUGUUCCCCCUGUGAAACGCAAAUGAAGGAAUUUAUCAGAAUGUACAUUAUCAUCCACAGUUAUUUAACCAAGUCUUUAUAUUAUAAAAUAUUUUUAAAAAGAAAGGAAUCAUUUUAUUGCAGUGCUUGUAAAAUAGCACUGUCACUGUCUGAUAUUCUGCAAACAUUGUAUUUUUUUCCCCAAACUUCAAGUGUUUAACUUGUUUUAUAUAAUCAACUUUUUGCACACCUACUUUUUAAUACAUUUAAGAUUAAAAUCUAAAUCAAUGAAAAUCAUCCACUGACUUACAUCAGUGAUGUCAUACUUAUAUGCUGAAUUGUCAUAUACUUGCUUUUAUGUAAUUUAGGGAUGCCUUUAUAUAUAAAUAGUAUACUGUUGAAUGAAUUUAUAGGCCUGCUGUUCAAUUCCUUAAAAUAAUCUGUGCAUUGAAAUGCAUCUGUUUUUACAUUCCACUAUGGAUUUCCUUCUCAUUGAUUAAUUGGUGGUUUUGUGAAUUGUUUUACACUGUUCUUUAAUUUCUUAAUUUUGUAAUUUGCAUUAAACUUUCUUACCAGAAAAAUAAA